GUAUUACUCGGUCAGUCGGUUUGGAGGUACUCCAGCAAUCGUCUGUGCCCAGCGAUCGCAGAGUGUUGUGUGAACUCUUGUAAGCUGUGCGGAGUGUGUUGUUUCCGUGAGAAUCCCAGCACCGUUUACCACUGCCAAUCCAUUUCCGGACGCAGCCACUGUAUCAUCCGGAUAUUGCCACAGACUUUUUUUUUGAACGUGUUACCCAUCUUGGACAUUUUGCACAUUUGCAAGAAAAAUCCGAAGAAUUUACUAACUUCUCCUCCACUGCAAAAAAGAAGAAGAAAAAACUCGUGUGUGAAUUUCUAUUGCUUGUGCUUUUAUGCAAGUUUACACUGAAUUUCCAUUUCAAAUUGCAACAAUUUCAAAUUCCUCAACUAUUUUCUCAAUUCCACCAGUUUAUUGCUCGCAACGUCCACUAAUUGUGUGUUAACUCGGUGUUUUUUUGAGACUUUAUUUCUGUGUGGAAUUUUCAUCGUGCUUUUCCGACCUUGAGACAACUAUUUGAAAGAAGAAAAAAAGGGAGGAAAUUGUGUGACAAUCAGUGAAUUGCAAAUUGACUAUUUAUAUUUUUCCAACACAAACUGAUAAAAAUCAUCAAGUUUUAAAAAAUAUAUAUAUUUGAGACACAAGUUUGAGAGACUUUUUAGUGGAAGAAAAAAAUGUGAAAGCUUUCUAUCAAAAAAAACACAAAAAACAUACAUAAGUUUGAAACACAAUACAAUUUUAAUGGAUUUCUUCUCGCUGAUGAGCAACAUUUAUUGAAUAAAAGAAGAAGCCUGAAUUUCAGUGAUGAUAGCGAAUUGUAUAAAUUAGUGAUAAUUGCACGAAAACACUAUAAAUUUUUUUACAAUUGUGACUAUAUAUCGUAAUUUUAUAUAUAUCACUCAAUUUGUUGUGAGGCAGGGAAAACUUUUUUCUUUCAACCUAUAUAUUAAAUUGUGCAAAAGUAACAUUUUUGUGGUGAUUUCUUCGCUUUCGAGCAAAACUGGGAUUCUUAGAGGAGUUUCAAAAGGCAAUAAGAAGUAAAAAAAAAGUGCUGCUGCUGGUGCUGAUGAAUUAAUAUUUAUCUAUAAAGAGACUUAUCGCGCAAGAAAUUUUUGCAACAUAAGAGGCAUAUAUGCGAGAUUGAGAAUAGAGUAGUGAUUAGAGAAGUUGCUAAAGUGGCUGAGCUGGUUUUUUUUUUGGGCAACCCGUGGUAGUUGUAUGCGACUGCAUCAUUAAUUUCAACUGACUGGAAUCUCCCCUUGGUAUCCGUCAUCGUAGAAAAUCGGUUUAUCCGAGAAAAUAGUGAAGAAGAUUAAGAGAUGUGCCAUCAGAUGUGAGGGGUGGUUGUAGUGGCAGAAGAGAAAUAUUUUUGCUGAGUUCAAAAAAAGGAUUAAGCACUGAGUCGUCUAUGGAUAGCCACGGAGGGACGGAGAGGAAGAAGUCGAAGAGCUCCUCGCGAAUGUGAUGUCUUCCACGAGUAUGGAUAUUAGUGAAACCUUCCGGCCGGAGGAUUUGUCGAAAACAGACUUCUUCGACUUUGUCUCAGCAUCCACACCACAGAUGGGCAUCGGAGUGGGUGUGGACAGGCCUCCAGGUGUGGACACAAACGGCGCCAGUGGAGAACACCCGCCCCUUCAAGGAUACGAUCAAUUCUGGGGAACAGAUAAGGAUCCAAAUAGAUUGGAUCCAGCCAUUUUUGAGGACCUCAACCGCUUCUAUUGGAAUCAGCAGGGCAACACAAUGUCCAGCACACCGAAUUCCAUCACAAAUACAGACGGACAAAUUUACACCUUAACAGUAUUAAAUAAUUCGGAAUCAUGGCUGCGGAAGGAUUCAACGCAGGAUCCAGCAGUCACACAACCACUCGAUUUAGACACACUUUUAGGGAGUUUUCCGGGGUACAUAAAGUCUGAGUAUUCAUACGAGGACAGUGGCUUCGGCACUGAAAAGACAGACGAUCUCCUCCUCCAGCAGUCCACACAGCCAUCGGUCUCUGGUGCAGUUACCGUAAAUAGUACAAAUGGAGGCAAUAGCGUCGUGACGGCGGCCUUCCAGAACAACAACAACGACUGGCAGAUGGCUGAUCACAACAACACAGAACAGGACUCUCCGGAAUCGCUGUUGAGGAGCGCUUUGCAGGGGAAAGGAUACGCCAAAGGACUCCAAGUCCAGAAUGGCAUUACGAUAAUUCAAGCUGGGAAUGUGGGGAAGAGUGAUGAGGAACUCCGGAGAGCACUCUUUUCUCCUGACCAGGAGGCGAUUGGAUUUGCCGAUUCAACCCUCACGAAUCCCCUUUUUGAGGAUUCCGCUGUGAGUUCACCUCAGCAGCAGAGUGGUGGUCCCAGCUCAUCGGCUGGUGGUCAAGUAGUGGACGAUAUGUUCCUCACACUCGACUCCGCCUUUACGGAUGACUUUGAGAAGCUGAAACGAAUUGCGUCGGAGGUGCAGCAAUUCUGCACGACAACGGAUAAUUUUUCUGAAGUGAUAAUCGCCACCAACACUGCCAUGCCCUCGGGAUCGGGUACCGCCAAAGUGCGUCCUGGUGUCGUGGAGGUAUCCACGACAAGCCAAGCACCCGCCACAACCACGACAAGCCCCACAAAAUCCACGAAGAAGUACAAACGCCUUUCGAGUGGUGCCGCUACGAGUAGCACGGGCACCCUCAAUGCCGCCACAACGAGUCCCCCAGCGUGCAAUGGGCAGCGCAAGGAGCGCUCCCUGCACUACUGCACAAUGUGCUCAAAGGGCUUCAAGGAUAAAUAUUCCGUAAAUGUGCACAUUCGCACCCACACGGGCGAGAAGCCCUUCGCGUGCUCCCUGUGCGGCAAGAGCUUCCGCCAGAAGGCCCACCUCGCCAAACACUACCAGACGCACCUCGCGCAGAAGAACUCCAGCGGGGUCGUGAAGAAUUCCAAAGCAGCCGCUGCGGCGGCUGCUGCAGCUGCAGCUGCGGCACAGCAAGGCCUCUCCACGACACCCGCCAAUGGAGCUAACAUCAGAUAAACCAACCCCCCUUCCCACCUCCCCCAGAAGACACCCCCCUGCCCCAACUGCGGACAAGACCUAGUGCAUUUCCCCAAGAGAACCGCCGGCGCACACAACCAGCGGCUCGCUACCCGAUGCAUUUUAGCAUGAAUGAGAUUUUACAUGGAACUCGUUGAAAUUAUUCCUGGCCACUGGGGAGCUUCUUUCUAUGUACGACGGAGAUAAAUCUAAACCCCAUAAACUCCCCCAAAAAAAAAAACGAAAAGAAAUUUUGUGAUAAUCUUCUAGGCAAGUAAUGUGAGAUAAAAAAGGAAUUCUUGCGACAUUUUAUUAAUUUCCUUUCAAAAUUUGCAUUUAAAAAAUUAAUAUAAAUGAGAUGCUCAAAAAACCCUCCCCAAAGUGGCCGAAAAAUGCAUUUUAAAAAUUAUUUUGCAAUUUUUUUAAUACCCCCUAACGUUUGUAAUGUAGGAUUGAUGCAAAAGAAGUGCUGUGAUCACUUAACACUGUCCAGAGACGAAGGAAACAUCACCUGUCCGCUCUUGCCAUUUUUUUGUUAAUGUCAAACUUUUAUAUAACUACAAAAAAAACUAUUCCCGAAGUUUUAAAAAAUAUUUUCUUUUAGGUAAAUGAUUUUCUUUUUAAUAAUUUAUAAACAAAAAAUGCAACAAAAGACAUCGAUAGGAGAAUUAUGUAUUAUGAUAAAAAUGUGAAUUUUUUUCGCGAUUUAAUUUCGAAUUCUUUUAGGUGAAAAUGUUUUUAUUUUUUUUAAUUAUUAUGAAAAUAUGUUGAAAUGUGAUGUAAAAAAAAAAGAAGUUUUAUAGUUUCCCUCCCAAAUAAUAUUUUUCCCAAAAAGAAAAUGAAACUCCUCCCACAUUUCUCAAUAUAAUACCUUAAUUUCAAACUCUGCAAUUUGUUUUCAUUAAUUAAUACUAUCUCCCCUCGCAUUAUAUUGCUGUAAUUAAUUAGAAAUUCAGAUUUUAUAUAAAUUACUGUGUUUGUACACAUUUUGACGAAGCAUAAAUGAGAGAAUAAAAGUUUUAUUGUAUUUUGUACUAUGUUUCCUCUAAUUUUAAGAGUAGUAGGAGGUAUAUUUACCUAUUUGUGUAAUUAAGAUGAAAAUUUCUCUACUUUAUACUUAAUAUAUUUUGUGUUUAUUUUUACUUUUAAAUAAUUUCACUUCAUGUGUACUUUAUUAUGUGUAAAUUUUCUCUCUCUUAUAAUUUUUAAUUUAAUUGUAUUGCAAACUCUUUUUUUUGUAAUUUAAUUCCAUUAUGAAGAAAGAAAAACAAAAACACUUGAUUACCACUAGAAAUAGAGGCAUAAUCACUAUACUUUGUCAUUUUUUUGUGUAUCAACAAAGACAAAAACAACUUUAACGAGCAAUGUUGAAAAAAAAAGAUUCCGUUCGUGGUGGAGAUGGAAAAAAACUUUUUAAAAGAAAAUUUUGGAUCUCUCUUCAAGGAUAUUGAGUUUAUCUAAAUCGGAUUACCUGAACUUGAUAAAUAUUUAAAUAAACGAAGGAUAAAAAAACAUGUUUCAAGUUUACAUCAGCAUUUAUUUGAUUCAACCGUUCUUAAAAGAUUAAAGAUUUAUAGAGUUUUCGUGAUUUUGAAAAUGAUUAUUUUUAAUCCAAAUUAGGCCGAAGAUUUUUUCAUAUCUGACAACUUUUUUUGAAUUUAUCAAAAUUCUUGAAAUACUUUUUAAAGCAAUUUGUAAACAAAAAAAUCCGUAGACUGAUUUAGAAAAUUGCAAAGCCUUCUUAUAAUUAUUAAAAUAAUUGUUUUUUAUUUAAAAGAAAUCUUUUUUUUUUUCAUUGCGGACAUUAAAAUAAAACAAAUUUUUUGGGGUCAAUUCUGUAAAAAAAUCUUUUCUUAUAACUUAAAAGUUGUUCAAACAUUUUGACAGUUGAUGUUUUUUUUUUAAAUCGUUCUUUUGUUGUUUCAUAAAAGAAAAAAUAAAAGAUUUAUUAUUCUAAAAAACAGGCAGAAAUAUCUUUAAAGAGCAUUGGAAAGUAAUUGUCUUUCAAAGACAGGAUUAAAGUAAGAACUAAACUAUCAAAAUCUCUUAAGAUUUUACAUAAAAUACCAAAAAUCUUUUAACGAAUUGUAAGAAAAAAAGAUUUUAAACAAAAUCGACCUUUCAUAUAAAUUUUGAAUAAAAAGAUUUUGUUUAAAUUUCCAAUCUGGAAAAUAAUUAUUCCUCAACUCUUCACAACUUUCCAACUCCACCACAUUGUUUGUUUUCGAAUUUUCUUAGUUAAUUUCCUCCUUUAGUUUCUUUCACAAAGUAAUAUUUUAAUUUUGUUUAUUUUAUUUCAUUCUUUUGUGUGUAAUUGAGAGACAAAAAAACGUUGUGUUUAGGUAAUAAAUUAAUUUAAAUUUUCUCUAAAAGGAAAUGAAAUGGAGAAGAAAAAUGCUGUGAGUUUGAAACUCAAGAAAAAAACUAUGUAAAUUGGCUUAUGUAAAGUCGCAAAAAGUACCUUCCGCUGAAAUACUCCAAUUUUAAAAUUAUUUUUCUUAAAAUUUGUUUGUUUUCAUUUUUAAUUUUAUUUUUAACGUAUCACUUGAUUUGUUUUGUUUAUAUAGCUUUUCAAAAGAUUUGAGUAGCUCUCUAAACUACAUAUAUUUUUGAAGGAGUCUAUUCAUAAAAAUUCGUAAUCUUGUUGAGAAUAAGAAUAGAAUAAGAAAAUUGCCGAAAAAAAAAACUUACCAUUUUCUAUUGGAAUCAACUCCGAAAAACCGAUGAAAAUUGUCUUUAAAUACAAACAAUUACGUCGCAUUUGCCUUUUGUUUCUUUUUUUAAGUGUGUGAAACAUUCACGAUGAUGUUUCAUCAAAAAUUUCUAUAACAAAUUACUUCUGAAACAUAUUUGAAACAUUUUUCUAAAAUUGUUCAAUUUAUGCUCAUAGCUAUGAAUUCUGGGUUCCUACAUCCAUGAAACAUUAGCGUAAAUGUUUUAUACAUUUAAAUAGACAAAAAACACAAUGUUGACGUCAUUGUUUGUAUUUUUUGACAAAUAUUUGCUGGCUGAAAAUCCAAGUUAAUUUCAGUUGAAGAUUGGAAAAUUUCUCUGACAACUACUUAUUCUUUUUUUGUCCUUUUUACAGCAUUAUGUUUAUCCUUUGUUCCCCCGCAAAGAAAAAAAAUAACCCAUAUAGUCGUGAAUAUACUCCUUUUUGAAUAAUCCAAAUUAAAUUUCCACCAUACGACUGGUUAUAAAAACUCAAAAAAAUAAUGAAAAAUACUAAAAAUUUCCUUCUGAGAAUCUCUUGCAAUCUCUCAUGUAAACAAAAGUAUAUAAUUUUAUUAAAUGAAAUGUUAUUAAUUUAUUUAUCGAAGAAAAAAAGUUGCCAAUAUAUUUUAUAUAUAAAUAAUUAUUUGUGUAGUAGUGUUUUUUAUUGUAAAGUUGAAAAAGAAAAAAAUCUUUGUUUUUAAGCAUUUUAUUACCCGAAUAUUAUUUUUAUUGAAAUGAUUUAUUGAACGAAAUAAAUGUUCCCCCCAAUAUUGAAAAAAAAA